GGAGCUCUGAAGCCAACAGGAAGUACACCUGAAAUCAGCGUUUACUUGUUUGAAAACUUUCAGCUGUUAACGCGAAUCGGCUACAAAGACACUUUUAUGUAUAUUUAGCUGGUUGAUACUUAAUCGUGGGGCUGUAUUUCAUUGUUUUAAGCGGAUAGCUAUUGUCUUGGUGUACGUAAAGCGAGAGAGACAGCAUGGGACAUUGUCACGGGUUGUUUACAUGAAGCAGCUGACCAGCUAACGUUAGCAAACUAGCUUGAUAAAUUGCCUGUCUUUUGGGCUCAUACUUAACCAGCAGCUGUGUAUUUUUUAUGAAUGAAAUAGUGAAGUACAUGAGCGUUACUGAACUACCGUUUGGGUCGCACUACUUUGAGGUGCACUGAGAGUUUGGCCGCUCAGUAUUGCGAAGCUAGAUGUGUUGAGCGUUAGCAGGACUUAGCAAGAAGUGUUGACUUAUUAACUUAUCCCAAUCAAGUUGCUGGUCAGUCAGACUGGCCAGCUUGGAAAGCUUGAGAGCUUCUUGUCCAAGAUGCCCUGUACCUGUGGGAACUGGAGAAGAUGGAUCCGGCCUUUGGUCGUCUUACUCUACAUUUUGUUGUUAUUAGUCGUCUUGCCCCUGUGCAUUUGGGAGCUGCAGAAGUCGGGGGUUGGCACUCAUAACAAAGCAUGGUUCAUUGCGGGGAUAUUUGUCUUCAUGACCAUACCCAUAUCAUUAUGGGGCAUCCUCCAGCAUUUGGUGCACUACACCCAGCCUGAGCUUCAGAAACCCAUUAUCAGGAUAUUAUGGAUGGUCCCCAUCUACAGCUUGGACAGUUGGAUUGCAUUGAAAUACCCCAAUAUAGCAAUUUAUGUGGACACAUGCAGAGAGUGCUAUGAGGCCUAUGUCAUCUACAACUUCAUGACUUUCUUGCUUAACUAUCUGGGAAACCAGUAUCCCAGCCUGGUGCUAAUGCUGGAGGUCCAGGAACAGCAGAAACACCUGCCUCCUCUCUGCUGCUGCCCCCCGUGGCCAAUGGGAGAGGUUUUACUACUGAGAUGCAAGCUUGGAGUGUUGCAGUACACAGUCGUAAGACCAGUGACAACAGUGAUCGCCUUGAUCUGUCAGCUGUGUGGGGUGUAUGAUGAAGGCAAUUUUAGUUCAAAAAAUGCCUGGACGUACCUGGUUAUCUUCAACAAUAUAUCACAGUUGUUUGCCAUGUACUGCCUGGUGUUGUUCUACAGGGCCCUGAGAGAAGAACUUGCCCCAAUCAAACCAGUGGGAAAGUUCUUGUGUGUCAAACUGGUGGUUUUUGUCUCUUUCUGGCAAGCUGUUUUCAUUGCUUUGCUGGUGAAAGUCGGGGUGAUUUCAGAGAAACGCACAUGGGACUGGCAAAGUGUGGAGGCUGUAGCAACUGGCUUACAGGAUUUCAUCAUAUGUGUGGAGAUGUUUCUAGCAGCCAUUGCCCAUCACUUCAGCUUCACAUACAAGCCUUACAUCCAGGAGGCUGAGGAGGGCUCUUGUUUUGACUCCUUCUUGGCCAUGUGGGACAUCUCAGAUGUCAGAGCAGAUAUUUCUGAACAAGUCCGCAAUGUUGGGAGAACUGUGUUGGGUCGUCCAAGGAAGUCCUACUUUGAUGAGGCGCAGAAUGACGGUGAACGAUCUGGCCUUCUUGCUGCGGGUUCCCAGGAUGCUGCCACAGAGAGCUUGUCCAACCCAGCAUCACCCAAGGGUCGAUACCAAGGCCUGGGCAAAACCCUCACACCGCAUUCCUUGUCGGCACCAGCUGGGCUCAGCUCAGCCCCUUGGGAAGAAGGACAUGAGGCUAGACCAGAAGAAACCCAGGACACCAAAGAACCAACAGACGCAGAUCUCAUUGUAAUCACCUAGCUUAUCAUCAUGGCAAUCGUCACUGAGAGACUGUACCAGACAUGGUUGGGCAGGACCCAAUUACAGCCUUGCCAGUUCCCUCCAGACAGUUUUACUAAUCCAACAUCACCAAAACUAGUGAACAUUGUAAGAAAAAGCACAUUAACUGAGUGAUAAUAGAUAUUUGCCAACAAAUGCAAAAACAGAUGGACCUCUGUCAAUGACAGCUCUAAGAAUGUUCCGUUAUGGCAUGUGAUCAUGAACUUGUAAAAAUUUAGCUUUUCUUUUUAAAUUUUUGUUGUACCACAGAGUUGCUAUGGUUAAGUAUGAUAUAUCUGAAUUGUUUGAUAUUUCUUGUAAUUGGGCAAGACUUUUCACUUGGUCCACUUGCAUUCUUAAGGUGUGUCCCAAAGCUCCAACUCACACCUUUCCUUCAAGACUGGAAACCCAGUGUUUCUGCUGCCGUGUUGCCUGUACAUGGCAAUACAUAGUGCUUUUAGAGGAAAUCUGCUGACAUGAGCAAUCAUAAAGUGAAAUCUAUGGUGCUAAAGCACAAGAACUGUCACAAUUUUUCUGUCCUUUUCUCUUAGUUAAGUAGGAGAUAUGUGGUCCUGAGGGAGGGGAUGAAAAGAGCAGUGGCAGUAUGUUUUGGCUUGCACGCUAAGGGUAACAUUUUUUUUUUUAACCAUGUAAAAAUGUACUGGGAAAAACACUUAGAAAUAGCCCUAUGUCUGUUAGAUAAUCUUAUGGUCAGUUUUACAAAGCCUGUCAAUAUCAGAGAGAAUGCAAAGUAUUUCCAGAGGGUUUGAGCAGUUUCUUUACAUAUCGUCAAAUCAGUGCACGACUUAAACAAUUUAGACUUUAGACUGAGCAAACAGCACAUGCUUGUAAUGUCCUGGUACUAACGUCUUGAUGCACACAGCUCUCACUCUAGGGUUUAAUGAAAUCAUAUUAGUCUGUAGUCCUUUCAGAUGCCUUGUUCAUCUAUGUGCCGUGGAAAUACUCUAUCCACUAUAUCAAAUUCACAUUUAUAUUCCCAGGAUCAGUCUCAUUUGAUAAGGUGUUCUUUUUCUCCCUCCAUUUUAGUCUUUAUGUAUGAUGGGAUACCAGUGUAUCCACUGAAGCCAUGCAGUCUCCCAAUAUCUUAGUUUCUCAUUUGUCAUUGAUUUGUGCAGGGAUACUGAUUUGACACAUCUACUGUACAGUGUUGAUUAUCAUUUUAUGUCUACAUGUACAUGUGUGUAUUAUACCAGCAGCAUAAUCUGCAUUAUGUGCAGUUAGAGUAUGUUGCAUUGCCUUACCUGACAUUUUUUUUCUGUCAAAAUGUUAAUCUGACAGGAUUAGAUCAGAUCAGAUGUAAACUUUUAGUUCAGUUCAAAAUGAUAUUUGCCAUCUUUAAAUAAAACAGAUUCACUUCA